GCUGCCUCAUACUGGAUUUGAACGAGCCGACUACAUCGAGGAUCUAAAUGAACUAUGUAUCGAAGCAUGGCAGGAUAAGGGAGCGUAUUCCACCAGAGAUCAAUAUCGCAUGAGAUUCAAGAUAUAAUUCGAGAAAAACUUUCAAAUGUAGCGCCUGGAAAUUCUUUGGAAGAUUUGAAGGCCGUGAUAGAGAGGCUCUCCGCAGUAACCACAACUUUCGAGUCUGUUCUAGCAGAUGUCAUUGCACAGGAUCAGGAGCCUCCUCUCAAAAACAAUGCUUCUCCGAUAGUGAAAGAGAUGAAGAAUGUGCUCGAAUGGACCGAACUUCUUAACACCAAGGCCGACACCACUUCCUCCGAGCCUGAAUACCUCUUCCGCGCAUACAAGUAUACAGGCACAGAAACAGGGCGACCUACGUUUACCCCGGAGAUAGACGUACCUUUUAGCCUUGGGCAUAGGAGUACUAUUCCUGUCGAUGAAUUUAUAAGGGACUUGGCCGGGCAUCUUAGCAAGACCCGCAUGGAGACGGAAACAUAUUUUGUUUCAAUGAGUCCAAUGCUCGAGUGGACACUCCAUAAGGCAGGACAAAUAAGGGGAAAAAACAAAAAUACAAAAGUUGGCCUUGCUAUAUUUGAUGUUACGAAGCUAUGCAAUAACUCGGAUACAACUAUCUUCCGUGUUUGGGAUGUUCUAGAAUUUCUCAUACAAAAGAGCAAAGAAUACAUGAUCCCACAAGACGUCUCACGAUGGGCAAAAAAUUGCAACGAGUAUGUGUCUGUUGGUAAAAUCCCCGACAACGGCUUAGUAAGAUGGGUGAAGUGGGAAGAACUGUAUCCGUCUCCUGUUACUGUUAUUUCUUCUACGUUCGUCUGGUCCUAUACUAUUAAGGUGUUCCGUGACAAAGUAGUCCAACAAACGCUUGAGAUAGACGACAUCUGUGGCAGAAUUAUAAAUCUUGGGAAGGUUCUAGCUGGUCCGCAUGACAAUCUCAUCUUACCGUUAGUGUUGCUGAUUCUUAAGCCAACAAUCCGAUUUUGGGGCUUCAGUACUGAGAUGUCUGACGAUGUUAUUGAGGCGAGGAUACAUGAUCUCCUCGAUGACACAGCUGCAGAGAAGAUAGUUAAGCUCAACAUCAAGGAUUAGACUAAGGAAUUAGUAUCUUCUCGUUUCUGUUCCUUCUAUAAUAAUCCACGCACAUGGCAACUCAUAUACCAAGUAAUAUCUUACUCUAUAACUCUCAUCCACUCGCCGCUCCAACCUCCUCCGCCACUCCUUACCCACUUCAUCGUUUGUUGUGCCACUUCUCUAGAUGGCAAAG